AUGACGGAUUAUGACGUCGUCAUUGUUGGGGCUGGUAUAUCCGGCAUCAACAGCGCAUACAGAAUCCAGACCCAGCUUCCACACCUUCGCUAUACAAUCUUAGAAGCUAGAGACAACCUUGGGGGCACUUGGGAUUUGUUCAAGUACCCCGGAAUCCGCAGCGAUAGUGAUUUAUACACGUUCGGAUUCUCCUGGAAGCCCUGGGAUCGAGAUGUUGCCAUUGCAGAGGGAGGCGCCAUAGUCGACUACCUCAAGAGCACGACUGAGCAGUUCGGUAUUGCGGACCGCAUUCAAUAUAAGCAGCGUUUGCGUGGCGCCGACUGGUCAUCCACCGACAACACCUGGUCAUUGUCCGUGGAAAACACGGCCGACGAGCAGAUGAGAGUCAUCUCAGCCCGCUUCAUCAUCUUCGGCACAGGCUACUACGACUACCACACGCCCCUCAAGGCCGAUAUUCCCGGGCUGGACCAGUUCACCGGUCAAAUUGUGCACCCCCAGUUCUGGCCGGAAGACUUGGACUACUCAAACAAGCGCAUUGUCAUCGUUGGAAGCGGUGCCACGGCAAUUACUCUGCUUCCAAAUCUUGUCGAAAAGGCCCAACAUGUCACUAUGCUUCAGCGCAGUCCUACAUACAUUCUUCCCUUGCCCAACCGCAAACCUCUUCUCAGCUACCUCCUGCCGGCGUUCAUUGCGCGUCCCCUAAUCCGCAUCAGCUGGAUGCUUUCGUCUCGAUUCUUCUUCCUUUUCUGUCAGGCCUUCCCCUGGAUUGCUCGUUUGAUCCUCCGUCUUGCUGCAACCCAUCGUCUCCCCAAGAGCGUACCAUGGGAUCCCCAUUUCCGGCCGAGCUACAACCCGUGGGACCAGCGGCUUUGCGUUUCUCCCGAUGGUGACUUCUACAAGAGCUUCCACACGGGCAAAGCAUCCGUGAAAACAGACACGAUUGCAAACGUCACUCCAAAGGGUAUCCAGCUCAACUCUGGCGAGUUUCUUAACGCAGACAUGAUUGUUCCCGCGACUGGUCUGCGUCUCAGGAUCGCAGGCGGUGCCUCUGUCACCGUUGAUGGCGUUCCUGUGCAGGUCAGCGAGAAGUACAUCUGGCACGGCAUGAUGCUCCAGGAUAUCCCCAACGCCGGCUUCAUCAUCGGCUACACAAACGCCUCCUGGACGCUUGGUGCAGAUGCCACGGCUCUCACUCUGUGCCGACUCCUCAAGGGUCUCGAGAAACGCGGAUACUCAGCCGUCGUACCCCGCCUUGCGCCUGCCAUGGCAGCAAACAUCCAGCCUCGCCGCCUCCUCAACCUCUCCUCUACAUAUGUCACCAAGGCAGAGAAGGAUCUGCCAAAGGCUGCGGACCGUGGUCCUUGGGUGCCGAGAGAUAACUACUUGAGUGACCUGUGGUUUGCGAAAUACGGCAACCUGGACGAGGGAAUGGAGUACCUGGGAGAGAAGAAGACGCAAUGA